AUGACUCUCACCAAGGCAGCUAAUGCCUCCAGCGUGGAGGUCUACAAAGUUCUCAGCCUUGCCUUGAAAUUCGACAAUGAAGACCAGAAGCUAUGGUGGCAGAGCACUGCUCCGAUGUUUGCAAAAAUGCUGGAAUCCGCCAAUUACGCCACAUCUUGUCAGUAUCGCUACCUCAUCACGUACAAGGAGUACGUGAUUCCCUGUCUCGGAUGCUAUCCGACCAACAGUGCUCCCCGCUGGUUGAGCAUCCUCACUCGAUACGGCACCCCGUUCGAAUUGAGCUUGAAUUGCUCAGAUUCCCUGGUGAGAUACGCCUUCGAGCCGAUCAACCAACAUACCGGGACCGCCAAAGAUCCGUUCAAUACACACGCCAUCUGGGAUAGCCUACAGCAAUUGCUCCCUCUGGAGAAGAGCAUCGACCUGGAGUUGUUCCGCCACUUCAAGAACGAUCUCACCCUCGACAACGAGGAAUCCGCAUUCCUGGCUCGAAAUGAUCACCUUGUGGGCAACAACAUCAAGACGCAGAACAAACUCGCCCUCGAUCUGAAGGACGGCCGGUUCGUCCUCAAGACCUAUAUCUACCCCGCCCUCAAAGCAGUUGCCACUGGCAGGACAAUCCACGAGCUGAUCUUUGGCUCUGUGCACCGCCUGGCAGCCAGGGUGCCCCAGAUCUUGCCCCCACUCAACAUGCUGGAGGAAUACAUUCGUUCGCGCGGUCCCACCAGCACUGCCAGCCCCCGACUGAUGUCCUGUGAUCUCACCAGUCCAUCCAAGUCGCGAAUCAAGAUCUACCUGCUGGAGCAGAUGGUUUCGCUUGAGGCCAUGGAGGACCUGUGGACUCUAGGCGGCCGGCGCCGGGACGCUUCCACGGUAGCUGGGCUCGCUCUGGUGCGUGAACUCUGGGAUCUGAUCCAGCUUUCACCGGGGCUGAAGUCCUAUCCGGCGCCGUAUCUGCCCAUCGGCUCUAUUCCAAACGAGCGGCUGCCGCUGAUGGCCAAUUUCACCCUGCACCAAAAUGAUCCGAUCCCGGAGCCGCAGCUGUAUUUCACUACCUUCGGGAUGAACGACAUGGCGGUGGCAGACGCCCUGACGACGUUCUUCGAGCGCCGGGGUUGGAGCGAAAUGGCUCGCACGUACAAAAGCACUCUGAAGUCGUACUAG